AUGCUGACCACGGGAUGGCGUAAUGGAUAUGAUUGGCGGUCCCCGUCGAUCUCCGAUAACGUCAAGAGAACCCCCCCGCAGUCGGCGGAGCGCCGGUUUUUCUUGCGCGUAUCGCUCUCAUGCUAUCAAUAUUGGGCUAUGAACCCGAGCCCGCCAAAUACACAGCCCGGACAGGGUGGUUCCAGCCCUGGUAACGCGGUUCCCUCGGCAUCUUCGAAGGGGCCUUUGGCUGGUGGUCGUCAGAUCACUAGAAACCGCGCGAGCUAUAGUUGUCACACGUGUAGGCGUCGGAAGGUAAAAUGUGACAAGAUACAUCCUAUAUGUGGAAACUGCUCGAAGAACAACACGAAAUGCACAUAUGAUGUCUCGUUGCGAAAAGAAGACGAUUUGCGCGAUGGCUCCUACCAACCUAUGCAUGGCAGCAAACGAAGGAGGGAGACAUCCCGAACAUUGGAGGAGGAUGUGGACGAGAUCCAGUCAAUCUAUGGACGCUUAAAGCGGGCAGGGUCCACAGGCGAGAAGCCUGAAUCCAGCGCCAUUGAGUCGAGACUUGACAAGCUUAUGUCCAUGAUCGAACGCCUCGGUGGGAGAGAUCAAACCCUUGAAGCUGUCGGGAUACAAGCACCCACUCCCAAUGCGAACGUGACAUCCUCACAGUCAGAUGAUUCAUGGCCGAAUGAUAGUCGGAACAGGAACAAGACACGGUCACGAUCAUCCAGUCCACGUCGCAUUGUUGCAGAGUCGGGCAGUGACGAGUUUCCCAUACCAUCAGGCCAGGAUACCGAUCUGGUAGACCCGGUUGGCAGUUUGAACUUGGGCCAUUUGAGCCUGGAGGACGGUGGACGGUCAAGAUAUGUCGGCACCACGUAUUGGGCUUAUAUCUCUGACGAGCUCAAUGAACUCAAUGAGCUCCUCAGGCAUCAAAAUAGAUCGCACGACCAGUCUUUGCCUGAAAAGAGCAGCGAAGAGAUAACGGACGCUCUUCCAGACGGUCAAAAAACAUGGAGAGAAUCAAUAGGAAGCUCGACAUACUCUGUAACGCCAAGGGCACAUUCCUUCCAACAGUCUAUAAUAUUCCCUUCCGGCGACUCCCCCUCGGUGGAUGAGAAGCCGGUCGAGCCCGAAAUGCUCGAGCACAUUCCAACUAGGCGACAGAGCCAUAUUCUAUACAAAGGAUUCAUUUCCGGUGUACAUGCCAUCAGUCCUGUGAUCCACCCCCCAACUAUCCUCAAGCUAUAUAAUUCAUUUUGGGAUUGGUAUGACCACACCAGUUAUUCAGGGGAGUCAUGCCCAAACCCAUCGUUUAUUCCACUGCUGUACGCCAUGUGGUAUGCGGGCUCAGUGACGAUCUCUAUCCGAGCAAUCAAAGCUGAGUUCGACGUGUCCUCGCGGUCUGUACUUUCGACAAUAUACAGCGAAGAGGUUACGAGAUGGCUUACAAAGAUCAAAUUUCCGCGCAGUCCCUCGUUACAAGGCCUCGCUGCGUAUCUCAUCGUGCAGACUAUCGUCACGAAAGAAGAAGAGCCUUUGACGAGCAGUAUCUUCGUUAGUCUGGCUAUGAGGGUUGCGCAAACUAUGGGCUUGCAUCGGGAUCCAGCUAAAUUUGGCAUAGAGCCAUGCGAAGCGGAGUAUCGGCGCCGGUUAUGGUGGCAUAUCAUCCACAUGGACUGUGUCGUCGCGAUGUCCAGCGGUCUGCCUCCACUUGUGAGCGAUGAGAAUUAUUGGGAUGUCAACGAGACGAGUGAAAUCAAAGACACGCUGUUGGGAAGCCCUGCUGCCGAGUCCUACGCGAGGCUGAUUGCUUCGCAAGAGCGUUUGCCCGACAAUCCAGACGAUCCCACUGUCUGCGGCGGACCUUCAAUGGUCAACGUCUACUACCUCACCGCAAGAGGGAAAUACACCAUGGCUCGCGCUAUUCGCCGAAUCUUAAGGAUCCAACUAGGAACAAAGCCGUUGACCAGGCAGGACAUGGAAGAGCUCCGGUCGAUCCUCCUUGACUUGCAGUUGAAAUUAAAUUCCAUAAUCACCAGAAUUCCCGAAGGAAAUGCCUCCAAUCAUCUGUCAAUGCCAGGCACCGGAUCAUUCUCCACUUCCAUGCCCAAAUCCCCACCAGACGACCGUUCUUCCGAUAAUGAGCUUCCAGGUGAUGGCCCAACUGGAUGUCCAGAGCAGUAUCACUCGCCUGUUCUUAUCAGCUUCCACAAAUGGGCAAAAAUACUUCUUUCUCUGUACAUUGACAAGGCCUUCUGUGUGGCCUAUCAGCCUUUCCUAAAGAACGCUCGCAGUCGAAUCUGGCCAGCGGCCCGUCAGAGUGCACUUCGCCAUUGCCAUGGGUUCAUGACAAAAUUUAUACAGCUUGCGACGGAACCUGAUUUUCAGCCUUUUCACUGGAGCUGGCCUGGCAACCAUCAACCAAUGCAUGCUACAAUGAUUAUGCUUAUUGAUCUAUAUGAGCGACCCUACAGCCCUGAGGCAUCGAAAUCCCGCGCUUUCAUCGACAGCAUACUCGCACUCUCUGGCCCUGAUGGAGGCGUUGUAGGUGGUGAAGACGGCGUCUCCACGCAGCGACCAUUGAAGGACGGUGGGCGUGAAGCCUGGGAUAUGAUCCGUCGCCUUCGCCAGAAGGCUUGGCAAAAGGCUGGACUCGAUCCCCAAAUGCUCUGGACCGAACAAGGCCAGAUCCAGGCCUGUGUCGCUUCACCAGCUGCCCCCAACGGAAGCGAGGACUCUGUAUCCUCGGACACUACCCAUGCUGGGUCUUCAAUUUCAGCACUGUCUGGUCGUUCCUUGGCGCCACGCCCUCAACCGAGCGAUUUCAACAAAACGUUUGACAACAUUACACGCUCCCAUACUUUCUCGAAUCCUGUUACCCCGGUGGCUACAAGCAGCCCUCUUCGAUAUCAAAACCAUCUGCAAGAUUACUUCUUGCCUGCCCCUUUAAAGUCUGAGCUUGGUCCUACCUCGGAGAUCGAUGCUAUAUCGCCCUGCAUCGACUCAUCGCCAUCCAAUCACAAUAUGGCCUCCUUCCCUGGUCCAUUAACAGGGAACCUUUCGUCCACGGUGCACCUUCCACAUGUUCAACAACUACAGUCCGAUGUUACUGUUCCUGGCGACACACCCUUCAUAGAUCCAAUGUCUACAAACAUUCCCCCCAUGGGCGCUCCUACACCGCCGUCAAUGGCCGAUCCCAACCUCAAUUUCGACUGGGACCAGUGGGACGCUGUAUUCGGACAACACCUCCCUGUUGCAGAUGACCUGAUGGCAUUGGAUCCAGUUGCAGGCCUCGAUCAUACUCUGGAUGCGGCAAACUCAACAGAUAAUGGCAACUACCCGGUCGAUCUGCCUACUUCAUAUGAAAACGGGCUUCCCCGCUCUACUACAGCAAUGAAUUUCACCUCGUGGAAUGGGAACAGCGCUGAAGAUUGGUCGGGGUAUCCUUAG